GGGUGCGCCGGGGCGGCGGGCGCCUGCGCAGAUCCGCGCGUCGGCCCUCUGGCCCUGCUGAGGGGCGCGGCGCGCCCUGGGCGAGCCCAUGGAACGGCCGAGGGACUUGGAAGCGGAGCGGGCAGAGGGCGAGCCCGAGGUGAAGAAGCAGCGACUUCUGUGUGUGGAGUUCGCCUCGGUCGCGAGGUGCGACUCCGCCGUGGCUCAGUGCUACCUGGCCGAGAACGACUGGGAGAUGGAAAGAGCGCUGAACUCCUACUUCGAGCCGCCCGGGCAGGAGAGCGCCGCGGAGAGCCGCCCUCAGACGGCGGCGGCGGGGCCCGAGUCCUGUGUUGACCUAACGAAUGAAGAGACAACUGAUUCCGUUAGUUCUAAAGCCAGUACAUCUGAAGGGAUUCAGCAAGAAGAUGGCAGCGUGUUCUCUUUCAUUACCUGGAAUGUUGACGGAUUGGAUCUAAACAAUCUGCAAGAGAGGGCUCGAGGGGUGUGUUCCUAUUUAACUUUGUACAACCCAGAUGUGAUAUUUCUACAGGAAGUUAUUCCCCCGUAUUGUAGCUACCUAAAGAAGAGAGCAAGUAGUUAUGAGAUUAUUACAGGUCAUGAAGAAGGAUAUUUCACAGCUAUAAUGUUGAAGAAAUCGAGAGUGAAAUUUAAAAGCCAGGAGAUUAUCCCUUUUCCAAAUACAAAAAUGAUGAGAAACCUUUUGUGUGUGUAUGCAAGUGUUUCGGGAAAUGAACUUUGCCUUAUGACUUCUCAUUUGGAGAGCACCAGAGGGCAUGCUAAGGAACGAAUGAAUCAGUUUAAGACGGUUUUAAAGAAAAUGCAAGAGGCUCCAGAGUCAGCUACGGUUAUAUUUGCAGGAGAUACAAAUUUAAGGGAUCACGAAGUCACCAAAUGUGGUGGUUUACCCAGCAACAUUUUGGAUGUCUGGGAGUUCUUGGGCAAACCUAAGCAUUGCCAGUAUACAUGGGAUACACAAAUGAACUGUAAUCUUGGAAUAGCUCCUGCUUGUAAGCUUCGUUUUGAUAGAAUAUUUUUCAGGACAGCAGCAGAAAGUGGCCAUAUUGUUCCCCAAAGUUUGGAACUCCUUGGGUUGGAAAAACUGGACUGUGGUAGAUUUCCUAGUGAUCACUGGGGGCUUCUGUGCAACCUAGAUGUAAUCCUGUGAAAUGCUUUUCAAAUAAGAGUUUUCUAUCUUCUGAGUAAUUUUGUUCUGGAUUUUUGCAAUUGUAAUUUCUACCUGUCUGGAAAGGUAGGUAAUAUGGAGGAAUUAAUAUACUACGUCAUUGUAACAGAAGAAAACACUACUGUGAUUUUUAUUUUGUGGAUUGUGUCCUCAAAUUUCAGGACUAAAUAUUGAUGUUUAUUUAAACUAAAGCAUACAGAAUAUGAGACUUCUUAAAGGCCACCAGGACUGUCAGCGCUUGUAAUCCUACAGAGGUGUGGCCGGUUCUCAAGCAGGGCCAUGUGGUCUCUGGGCAAGCCUUUAUAAUUUAUUUUUUAAAUCAGGCAUCCAGUAGUUUAUAUUUUAUGUAAAUCCUUAAAAAUAAAAAUAAGAGUUUAUUGUG